CUUGUUUCCAGUUUAUCACGGUCAAAGGACGCGGUUACCAAAAAAUGGCGCGCUUUUUGAGUUCUUCGCGCGAGCGGCACACCAAGUGGCGAGAUGCAGAGAAAGAAUUUUCUGCGGCCGUCAAAAAAGUUUCUUUUUUAAACUAAUUCUCGGUGCCUCUUUCAGGGUAAGUCAUUAUGAUAAUGAACAAACAACAUCUAUUCUCUUCCCCAUUUUUCUUUUUUGCUCAAAUUGCAGCACAACAACGAAAGUGAAAGCAGUUUUAGUUCGGGAAGGAUUACAUGUAGUACACUUCUAACAAUUUUGUCAUCCGUCUCCCUCGAGUGAAGUUAAUUUGUUUCUCCAGAAUUGUUUACAAAAUUCUGAUAUGGAAUAGCUCAUUAACGUUAAUUUAUUUAGGUUCUCCACAAAAUAUUUUCAAAAUAGCUAAUUUCUUUUAUUUCAAGGAAUUUUUUUCUUAUUUACUUACAUAUUUCACCCAGACUCCUGUUUCGUGUCUCGAAAAGCCAGUUCAUUGAGAUAAGUUACUUAACACCAUGUCACGAUCAGCCACAAUGUUCCACUACAUGAAAAGCGUGAAGAGAAGCAAAAUCAAUAAACAUGGAAUUUUCAAAAGGGCAAGAAUGGCCCUGAAUGAUAUACUUGACCAAACAACGCCCAGUCCUUUAAGAAGUCGUCUUGGUUUGUUCGGGUUACUGCCUCGAGAGAUGCGCUUCAGGGUUUUUGGCUUCACUCCACUGGCCGAUCUUGGACAGCUUUCACUUGCAUCAAGACUAUUCACAGACGAGAUAAUGAAUUAUCUUCACAACAACGAAGCUUUGCUCGUUAUUGUCCCAACCAUGCAUCUCAAUAGUGACGAGGAAUCUUCACAGGUUUUCGUGACUUUGAAAACUGAGUACUGUUGGAAUCAUUUCAAAGAUCUGGGUAGGUAUUACGAAUUUCCCACUACUUUUUCAGGGAUCCUGCUCAAAAGGGCAACAUGCCUCUAUUCAACGAAAGAAAGGUUAAAAGAAGUCGGAAUCAUUUUGGAUAAGCUUAAAGACACACACUCAAAAAUCUGUACCACCCUUGGAAGUGACAUAGCCUACAGCUGCUACGGAAAGUUUCUCCACUCCUUUGUCGCAGGAUGGGAAGAUGAUGAGAAAUUUAAAGCUUACCUUGCUGUCAAAGGGGCGUCGUGUUUAGAUGAUAGAAUAAGGCAAGUGUUACGCUCCACACCGGGAUCGCAACCAUGGUACGAGAGAUACAUCAGAGUGUUCUGCAGAGAAAUAUUCUUGGACAAGGCUAGUGACUUCGUUGAGAAAGGAUUUUGGCUUUGUAAAAUCCUGAAGCCAUGGCCCCUUGUGUUCCAGGCUCGACUUCUUUACAUCCUGUAUGGACCUGUUAAUGACGAUAACGGAACUCUAGAUUGGAAUACGGUGGAAAGUUGCCCAACAUAUUUCGGUGUUGAAGAUGUGGAAUUGAAAGAACUUGCAGACGCCUUGAAGAUCCUGCAUGUCUACUGUGACACCAAGGACUGGAACGAAGAUGAUUUUAUCAGUGUCUUUGAAGAAUUGACCGGCAUACCAACUGACUGGUGCUUGGAGAAUGUCGCUAAGCUGCUUAAACUGUGUGGAGAAUCAGUUUGCUUUGAGGUGCUUGGAAAUAAAGCUGUGAACGGGAGAGUUCAUGAAUUGUCGUAUCUUGGCUAUUACCUUGGACAGGUGUUAGGGCAAGACGAUAUCAUGUUUGGGAGAGAGAAAGGGAUGGAGAGUUUUACAAGCACCAUAAAGCAAGUCCUAGCUGUCAUGCCAAGCAGUAAAGAUCAAACAGCAUUGAUAUCUUCACUGUUUAAUGUUUGGGAAGAGAACAUACUAAGUCUUGGAGAGGGGCUACAGGAAGACUUGGGUAUGAAUAAUAUUGUUACCCCAGAAGAACAAGAACAGGUUUUUGCUGCAAGUGUACACAAUUUAUCUAAACUGGCUGCAGUCCUCCUAAAAGAAUGUACAAGAAACUAAGGGAAAAAUAUUAUUUUUUCAAACAUUACACAACUAAGAAGCAAAAAUUCUAAGCUUCUUUUCGAGUGGUGAAUACACUAAAUAACAACCAAAUUGAAAAAAAAACUCUGUAACUUUAAUCCACAAUAAACAUUUUGAAGAAUUAACUGACACAAAACCUUACAAGGGUUCACAGAGUUGUUGAGAAAGAUCAUAAUUUUCCAAAGAAUUUCUUGUUUCUCAAAAACACAUUUAUUGUAAAUACAUUAUUAAUAUUAAAUUAUCUUUGAUUGUUGCAAAACUCCAAAGGAGCAAAUAUUUAAAAAUAAGAGCCCAGCAAGGCAACAUUACCCUAUAAGAGUACGCACUUAAAACAAAUUAUUAAGCUACUGAGAGCAGUUUUUUUUUCAGUGAAUUAUUUUAAUUUCCAAAACAAAUCAAGAAGAAAAUUGGUGGAUGUGCAUGGUUGUUUUCAAAUUUGGUUUUCAUUAUUAAUAUGGCUAAGCUUGCAUGGCUAUAAAUAUAAAAUAAAAGAAUUCCCAAAUUAUUGCAAAGAAUACCAUUUCACAAGCUAUUUGUUUUGCAGUUGUACUAUUUAUUAACUAAAAACUACACUGUAACAUAAUAUCUUUGCUAUAAAAAUUAAAUUGGAGGUAUGUCAUGUUUUUAAUUUGCUGUGGCAUCAUGUACACCCAAAGCAGGCAAAUUGCAUGUUUGUACAAACUACAACUACUUGAACUUAAAUUUAACAUUUAUUUGAGAAGACAAUGUUACAACAAUAAUUAUUAUUAUGGUAAAAUUGACUUCUCAAAUAAGUGCUUUGUAAAAAAUAAUAUUUUCAGUGGUUUUCCUCUAUUUGUUACCUACAGCAACUAUUAACACCACAGCUGCUUAGACAGUUUGACAAAUUAUAUCAAUUAAAUCACCCUACAAAAUGGACCUUAGGGAUUCCAGCGUCAUUUGUUCCAGCCAGUCAGAUAUUUACCAGUACUGUAAGUUUACACAAUUGUUUAACCUGGUUAUACAUUGAUGUUAUAAAGAUUAAUUAAGCUACGAUUAUUCUGUUUUUCCCACAAAUUGCAAAAAUCCUACUUUUGGGGUCUAUAAAUAAUUGUAAUGCACCCAUAAGAGUGAGAAUUAGCAUUUGUUGCAAAGGAGUGAAUUUUAAGAUGGAAUCCACCAGAAGUUUGAGUAACAAGUGGACAUAAACCUAUUACCAAGAUUAUUUACAUCGUAUUGCAA